AAAUUGGAGCAAAGCUUAGAGCAUAGCUACCGUUAGUUAGCCGUGCUGUGUUGUUCCGUUUCGAAGCAGAAUGACUUUUGCUAACUAUCAGUGCUGUAUUAUACACAAGCAAAACGCCUGGAUGGCUCUAGGUUGCUUUUGCGAGGGUAAAAUGCAGUGCCGCGAUGGCUUGACUGCUUGCUUCCUCUUCACCCAACUUGGUAGCUGGUAGCAACACAGGCUUACUUGGUGCAAGUUCUUCUUAUUAUAACAACUCUUUUCGUGCGGUAUAUUGUAGUGGAGACUGUCUCAAAAUUCACCGAUUUUCUUAUUCCCAAGCAGAGAAACAAGGUUGAACCAAUGUCAGUCUACAAAUACGAGUGUUUUUAAAUUUUGUUUGGUUCAAACUCGGGUCGUAUAUGGUUGUUGUUUAUGGUGAUGCUCCUAUGUAGAGACUGCACUGCACUUCCAGUUGUUGUUUUUUUCGAUAACAACUUAUUUUAAUGAUAGAAAAUUUACCGAUAUCGACUCAACACAUUUUAUUGUGAUUGUUUUCAUCAAAUGUCUGUGAUUAGAGACCGUGACACUGUUCAAAUCUGCAAGGUCUUCAUCCUCAUCGCGGUCCCUUUGUCAUUGACGUGAAGGAGAGAGGACCUUUAACUUUCAACUCGGCUUUUGCUGUAUUUUCAUUUCUCAUGAGGACUGUAGAGGGCAGUAAACUCACCACAUACAUUUCCAUGGGUUUCCUAGAUUGAUAUAAUUUGCAUUCGGAUGAUUUAUGAUUAUUUGCAUUACGUUGUUUGAUGUGCUAUUAACUGGUUGUUCAUGCCUGUAAACAUCCCCGACUGGAAGCUGUGCUAUACUUGAACAACAAGCUUUCAGUUGGAUGUUUGCUGCCAUCGUCCAGUUCUUUCGUCUUUAUCUGGUGUCACUGAUAUGUGUGUAAUUAACCAGUACUGCUUCCUAAAUGUUACAUAACAACUGAAUUAUAACUUAACAACAAUUAUGUGUACAUGUUAAUUUUUUUAAUGAGUUGACAGAUGUGCCAUUUGGAUCUAUUUAUGUUUUCUGUAGUAAUAUUCCAGUGUAGUCGUUGUAAACAUCCUACACUCAGCUGUAUUCUGCAAAAGAGGCUGGGGGGAGGGUGUUUGCUGUGACUGACUGGAGCACCUCUGUGAUCAUGUAGGAAUAUACUUUACUUAAUUGUGAAACCAUUCAUGACAAGGAAGAAGGCUGAGGCUGAUAAAAGUAAAAACAUUUACUUUGUUAAUCCCUCUGUUGUAUGAAUGUAUAUAAUUUUACCCAAAAAUAAACGCAUUUAAUUCUCUUUUGUGUUUUUGUUGUUGUUGUUGUUAUAGCUGGUAAUUAAUAUUAAUUAGUAGAUCGGUGUUUGCUGUACACAAUAGUAUUCACUAGCCUUUACAGUGUUGGCAUUUCAUUUUCAUUCAGGUUGAACUAAUAUAUUCAUUUAUAUAUUCGGAAAAAUGUCUGAAUGUCGUAUUACUGAUUACAAGAACAUAGUAGUGACUUUAACCUCUAAGAGCAUCGGGUGAUUUCAAAUGAACUCCAGGCAGCAGGUGGCGCGCGCUUCUUCACGGAUAGCCUUUUUAUUUUUUGCUUGAAGACGAAGAUCCAUCCGCCAUAUUUGUUAUCGCAGAUUCGACAGAAACCUCUGCAGAAGUAAUUUAAGUAUAAUGAAUACAUUUAAAUUGCAAUCUAGUAAUAAAAACAAAGGUCAAAAUCAUUUUCGCGCGGUUUCUACCUUUUACUGAUUUAAAAAGAAUGGAUCCAGUGCAAGCAGAUGGUGCAUCAGUUUUCAUGUGCAAAAUAUGCAACUUGUUCUCUCCCAGUAAACCUUUGCUGCUGUCUCAUGUUAUUGAGACUCACUCCAAUGAAGGAGGUGAUCCUGAUACUUUCAUUAUAGCACUUAAGCCAUUAACAACUCAGGAGCCACAGAGUUCAGAUGUUGUUGUGAAAAGAAAGCGUGGAAGACCAAAAGGUUCCACUAAGAAAGUCCAAACAGAAAAUGUCCAGAAAAAAACAUCCAGUCAGCAGGAGAAAGAGUCCACUGACAUUCAACCAGGAACAGUAGCUGAAGAGCAGAGUGAGGAUGGAAGUGAUCUGGAGUGCAAGAAAUGCAAUCGCAUGUUCAGCAACAGGCGGCAAAUUUCCAAACACAUUUGUUUUGUAGGACUGAAAGAGGCUGCUGAUGAAGAAGAGUAUAAUGGUCAAAAUACUGAUGCAAACAGAAUCAGUGAUGGAGAGGAAGACAAAGAGCGGACACCAAAGAAAGCUCGAGCGAUGCGGACAGAUAAGGUGUCCAGUGCAAAGGACCCUGAAUCAGCAAGCGGCAACAAAAACCCUAUUAUUAGUGUGGUCCUUACUAGUCACGAGGCCAUGCCUGGUGCCUCUAAGAUAGUUCCUAUUGAAGCAGCUCCGGCUGAACCGUCCACCCAGACCGAUGAAGCUGCAGGUUCUCAAGAGGCAGCAAUGAAAAGGGGAUACCAGGAAUAUGCUAUUCAGCAAGCUGCAUAUGAAGCGCCCCUCAAAUCAAACAGGUUAGGACAGACGCAACUUAAAAUCUUCACUUGUGAAUACUGCAAUAAAGUCUUCAAGUUCAAACAUUCACUGCAGGCCCACUUAAGAAUCCACACCAAUGAGAAACCAUUCAAGUGCACGCAGUGUGACUAUGCCAGCGCUAUAAAGGCCAAUCUUAGUGUUCAUAUGCGGAAACACACCGGGGAGAAAUUCAGCUGUGACCUCUGCUCGUUUAAUUGCCUCAGUAAAGGCCACCUCAAAGUGCACGUGGAGCGAGUGCACAAGAAGAUCAAGCAGCACUGCCGAUUCUGCAAGAAGAAAUACUCUGAUGUGAAGAACCUUCUUAAACACAUCCGAGAGACUCACGACAUGAACGACAAGAAAGUACAGGACUCCUACGAAGAGUACAGCCUCCAGACCAGGGAAGGCAAGAGACAGCUUCUGUACAACUGCCAAAUAUGCGACCGCAAGUUCAAAAACGAGCUUGAGCGCGACCGUCACAUGAUGGUCCAUGGCAACAAGAGACCCUUCGGCUGCGAGUUAUGUGAUCACGGCUCGACCAAGUUCCAAGCCUUGCAAGCCCACAUCAGAAAGCAUCCUUUCAUCUACGUGUGUGCCAUUUGCCAGGAAAAAUUUGUCAGCUCUGUGCGACUGAGGUCACAUCUCCGAGAGUUCCACCCGGAAUCGGAUGAGCCCUCAGCUUUUGCAGACUCCAUCAACUCCAGCUUUUGCUUACUGAAACCAGGUGAUGACAUUCAGAAGGACAUGUUGAAUCAGGAUGAGCUUAAGAUCACAGAAGAGCUGUCGCAGCUCAACGCCCAGGAGCUGUUAACCACAGAAAUUAGUUGCAUGACUCAAGAGGACCUUCAAACUCAGUGCUCUGAUAAUAUAGUGGUCGAAUCAGAUCUUCUCAUUCAAAACUCACAAGACGGAAAUACCAUUACGAAUAGUAUAAACGAGACUGACACAUCUGCAGUAGCACAAACACAAGAGACGGUCUGUGAAGAUGUGAUAAAUACGCAAAGACUUCAAGAUGAUCAGCACGGUGAGACAGAAGAGCAGAAUCCUGCUCAAGAAACCGCACCUUUGACAGCUGAAAAAGCACAAAUGCACUCCGAGCAGGAAACGUUUCCUCAAACUGAGGAAGAGGCGAUUGUUUCACAAACUAACACCGAUGAAGACUUGCUCAGUUCAGAGCAAGAAGAAAUAUCUGCUUUCAAGCAGAUUGUAGAGCAGAUGCAAAAACGCCAGCUUAACAUGGAAAUGUUUGAACGGAUACGGAAAGUGUACGGAGACCUUGAAUGUGAAUACUGCGGUAAGCUUUUCUGGUAUCAGGUGCACUACAAUACACAUGUGCGAACACACACAAAAGAGCACCUCCAUUACUGUUCUCAGUGCAGUUAUUCCUCCAUCACUAAAAACUGCCUGAAGCGCCAUGUCAUCCAGAGACAUUCUGACAUCCUGCUGAAGUGUCCCUCUGAAGGAUGCCAGUAUUGUACACCUGACAAAUACAAGCUACAAGCUCAUCUCAAAACCCAUUCGGACAUAGUCAAAAGAAGUUUUACAUGUCCAGUAUGUCAAGAGUCUGUUCCCGAGGACAAAGUUAGAGCUCAUAUCAAAAGCAACCAUCCAGAUGUGUCGUUGAACUACAUCUCGGAAGCGCUGGGAAUACGUGUACAUGUGAAAGGAGUGAUCGGGAAACGAGCUUCCAAAUGCCCGUACUGUGACUGUUUUUUCACAAGGAAUGGGGCAGAUCUUCAGCAGCACAUAUGGGCUCAUGAGGGAUUGAAACCGUACAAAUGUUCACAAUGUGAAUAUGCCUCAAGAAGUAAGAGCAACCUCAAAGCUCACAUGAACAGACACAGUACUGAGAAAACACAUCUUUGUGACCUCUGUGGGAAAAAGUUCAAGUCUAAAUGCACUCUGAAAAGUCAUAAGGUCAUGCACACAGCAGACGGAAAACAGUUCAGAUGCACUGAGUGUGACUUCACUGCUGCACUGAGGCCGCAUCUGCUUCGUCACAUGGAGCAACAUGCCUCUUUCAAACCUUUCCGUUGUGCACACUGCCACUACUCAUGCAACAUUUCAGGCUCGCUGAAAAGACACUAUAACAAGAAACAUCCCAACGCACAGUACAUCAAUGCUGGAACAGGAGCGUCCUCUUCUGAAACUGUCACAGAGCAAGGUGGAGUCAAAUGUCCUGUUUGCAAUUACGUUUAUGGCACUAAAUGGGAAAUGAACAGACACCUGAAGAGCAAACAUGGCCUCAAAGUGGUGGAGACUGACAGUCUGGGUCUGAAUCAGUGGGAGGUGGUGGAGUCAGUAGAGGAGCCGGCCAUGCAGUACCUUCAUAUAGCCGAGACUGAGGAUCCACAAGGAACUGAGACUGCUGUAUCCGCUCUGCAGGACCUGCGCUUUAAUACACAAAAUGGCGUUGUGUCUGCAGCAGCGGGAGACAGACUAGACCCGGCAUCUGUCAACAUCCUGCAGCAGAUCAUUGAACUGGGCUCAGAGAAUCAUGAUGCCACUGUGGCUUCUGUGGUUGCCAUGGCUCCCGGUACAGUUACUGUUGUAGAGCAGAUGGAGGAGGAGGAACCGCAGACCAAUCAUGCCAUGAUGAUCCAGGAUGCACUUCAGCAGGCCACAGUGGGCCUGGCUGAAGAGCACCAUCUAGUGGUGUCUUCAGAUGACAUGGAGGGCAUCAAAACUGUUACAGUGUACACCCAGGGUGAAGACGCAUCCCAGUUCAUAGUCUACGUUCAGGAAGCAGUUCAGGAGGCUGUGCAAACUGAGGAGACCACCACAGUAUAGAGAAUAUAAAGACCAUGCAUAGAGGGUAGCUGCCUAGCUCAAAUGCUCCGAAGUGUUUUUCUUCCGUUUUGUUAGUUACUCCAGACUUGAACAGACUAUUGCAGCCUUACCUAUAGUUUAUAGGGACGUAUCUUGCACAAUUGUAAAUAAUCUGAAAUGAACAGUAGCAAUGAAUAGUCAUAGAGCUGUGCUGCAAAAAAUAGGUGAUAUUUUUCCUGACUGGGAGUAAAAAGGUCUUUAGUCUUUAAAAAUCACAGUAGCUAAACCCUGUUACACAUGAAGCAGAAGCUGUUCUAGAAAUUAUUUUUUUCUCUGUACUGUCAUUGCCUAGAAGAGUUACUGUGUGACUCUGGCCUUCUCCACACUUUUUAUAUAAGACUCCCAUACAGUGUAUGGCUAUCAUAAUAGUAAACUUGAGUUAUUUAAUGUGCGCUGUUGAGUGUAUUAUUGACACUUCAUUGAAUCAUUUCAUAACUAUGAUUUUGCCAUUAAAUAAAACUCACUUGUGUACCAAUACAGCAUCACCUACACUAAAAACAUAAAUGUUGUGAAAUAUUACAA